UGCUGUGAGCGGAAGUGCCAGUUUAAACCGAGCGACGGCGGUUUGUGCUUCAGACCAACGAUCCGCGGAAAACCCGAAAAAACCUGAAAAAAAAAACGAGAAAUCACGAAAUAAAACCCCGAGAAACCCCGAGGACACACCGAGGACACACCGAGAAACCCCGAGGACACACGAGGACACACCGAGAAACCCCGAGGACACACCGAGGACACACCGAGAAACCCCGAGGACACAGACCGGGACAGAAAUGGCGUCUCAGAACAUGGAUCCGGCCGCCGCCUCGUCAAACGCCGCUCUGAAAGGAAACGAGGGCGGGCACAGCGCCGCCAAGGGGUCGGUCACCAAACGGCUGCAGCAGGAGCUCAUGACGCUGAUGAUGAGCGGAGACAAAGGAAUCAGCGCCUUUCCCGAGUCGGAAAACCUGUUCAAAUGGAUCGGAACCAUCGACGGCGCUCAGGACACGGUGUACUCCGGGCUGAGGUUCCGUGUGUCUCUGGAGUUCCCGGCGUCGUAUCCGUACCAGGCGCCGCGUGUGAAGUUUGUGACUCCGUGUUUUCAUCCCAACGUGGACGAGCAGGGCCUGAUCUGCCUCGACAUCCUCAAGGAGAAAUGGUCGGCUCUGUACGACGUGCGCUCCAUCCUGCUGUCCAUCCAGAGCCUGCUCUCAGAACCGAAUAACGAGUCGCCUCUGAACACGACGGCCGCCGAACUGUGGGACAAUCAGGAAGCGUUCAAGGCCCACCUGCUCGCAACGUUCCAGAAGUGAAUCUUCGUGUAAAACCAAACAGUGUUUUUGUAAAAUAUUUGAGUGUUUGGUUUUUGUGUGUCACGUUCUUCUUAAUAAAAGCUCUUAGUCACA